GGAGAGAGUGGAAUGGGGAGGGGAAGAGUUCAGCUGAAGCGAAUAGAGAACAAAAUAAAUCAGCAAGUCACGUUCUCUAAGCGAAGAUCCGGGCUGCUGAAGAAGGCGCACGAGAUCUCGGUGCUGUGCGAUGCAGAUGUCGCUCUCAUCAUUUUUUCAAACAAGGGAAAGCUCUGCGAGUACUCCACUGAUUCCAGUAUGGAGAAGAUUCUUGAACGUUAUGAACACUACUCAUAUACUGAAAGAGCACUAUAUUCCAAUGAAGACAACCCCCAGGCAGAUUGGCGCCUUGAAUAUAAUAAAAUGAAGGCAAAGGUUGAAAGCUUACAAAAGAGCCAACGGCACCUUAUGGGGGAGCAACUUGACUCUUUGAGCAUUAAAGAGCUCCAACAUCUUGAGCAGCAGCUUGAAAGUUCUUUGAAGCAUAUAAGAUCAAGAAAGACACAGCUCAUGGUAGAUUCAAUUUCUGAGCUACAAAAAAAGGAAAAAUUGUUGCUGGAGCAAAACAAGACCUUGCAGGAUAUGGCUAAAGCGAAGGCCAAAGCUUUGGUGCAGAAUGCAGCAUGGGAGCAGCAGAACAAAUCCCAGUAUAGCUCUGCACCUCCUCAUGCUGUGAUUUCAGAUUCUGUCCCAACUCCUACCAGCAGAACAUUUCGAGCAAGAGCAAAUGGAGAAGAAUCACCUCAGCCGCAGUUAAGAUUAGGCAACACUUUACUUCCACCAUGGAUGCUCAGUCACGUUAAUGGCUAAAAAAUAACUGUAAUCCAAUUUUAACUCGUUUUGUACCGUGGUAUUUGAUUCAUGUAUGCUUUUAUAUUAGCUGUUAUGUCUUCC